AUGACUCCCACGCGGGAAGAUAUCGCCAAGUUCCUCACGAUCGUCCCACAUGCCAACGAAGGACAAGCUUUGUUGUACUUACAGGGAGCGAACACGCUCGAAGAGGCCAUCACCCAAUUCUACGAUGGUUCUCUCACACACGCCAACAGUGCCGCACCAGGCAACACCUCAAAUUCCGUGAGCCAGGAUCAGAGCACCCGGGCCGAUCAUGCUGAUCCUCUUCCUUCCUAUCAAGCGGCCGUCGCAAUGGGAGGCAACGAAUCCAGAGCCGUGCACACCAAUCCGGUUAUUGAGGCGGCAAAGCUCCGCGCGCGCGAUGAGCAAGAGAUGCAAAACCGACUGCAGCAGAUUCAGUGGAACCAUCAGAUAUUCAACGACGAGAUUGAACCGGAGCAUGAGGCAAAGCACAUGCUGACCUGCGCCUGCGACAUCCACCAAUACAAGAUCCGCAAGCAGAACCGCGUGGCAGUGCUGAAGAUGUGGUCCGAAGCCGUGAUGUAUCCCGAUGGGGGAACAGGUGAGAAAUACUACCACGACUGCUAUUACUCCCAGCAGAUAUGGAACAACAACCCUUACACCCGAAUCAUCACGCCGUAUGGCCCGGUAGGUCGCAUACGCCAGAAGCCGGUAGCCCGAUACCACGCCCGGUGGCUGGUAGAAACCAUUCGUCUGAAUUCCAGCCUCAAUGCUACUGCGCAGAGGAUUGCGAAUCAAUACGAGCCGACAGAGAACAUCUGGGAGGUGGAGGAUGAGCCGGUGGCCGCGAACGACGGCGAUGGCUCGGACACGGCGCACCAUCGAUCCGACUCGCUCAAGCCGUCGAUUUUGACCCAGAUGCGCAAGUCAUUGUCCCUCCGGUCGUCUGAGGAGCGGGAAGCUGCCAGGCAAGCGAAGCGGAGGGAAGACUAUCGCGAGCUGCGCGACACAAUCUUGGCGGAAGAGGCGGGGCGAUGGCCCGACCCCGAAUCCCGCCGCAUUGUCACCGAAUACCAGGAACGCCUAGGGUUGACGCGGCGCAUUGCGGGCCUCCGUGUGCACCGCCCAAUGCAGUAUCUCCACCUCCUGCGCGCCGGCUACUUCGAGCCAAUCCCGGUCGCGUGGGCAGAGCAGAACUCCAACCCGCUCAAGUUUCGAAUCGAGGCGGCCGAGGGAUGGCGUGGAAUUACACCCACCUGGCGUGGGUACGAAAAUACGGCCGAGGAGCGGUUGUACUGGGUCCUGAAUCAUCGGGUUGAGUCCACUAACGGGUCUGAACUGAGACAGUGGCUCAAACCGGACGUGAUAUCCGCGCUCGAGAUGGCGCGAACGCGCAUGGCCACUGCUGUAGACCUGCCGCCCGUCUACGAGGCGCUGGACGAUAUCUGUCAGACGCAAACCCCUACAGCCGUGGGCUACUCGCGCCAGGUGAUGCCGUCCCCAUUGCGGGCUAUCGAUGCGCCUGAGUUGCCGACGGACAAUACAAUGAUCCUCCUGGACGUGUCGGGAUCGAUGGACUUUGACCCCGUGCGACCGUCCUACGAGCAAUAUAUGGUCACCCGCUAUGAGCGGACAAUGCAGCCCAAGAACAAAGAUGUCGCCAAAGCAGUGAUCCGCCGCUUCACGGACGCGCUCGCCACCCAUGACCAGAACCGCGAGGGCUACCAACUGGUGACCUUCGCCAACAAAGCCGCCUACAUGGGCUACAUCAACCACCGGAACUUCGCCUCGGUGUGGAGCCAGAUCACCGUGGGGGGCGGCACGCGCGUCAUGGCGGGCUGGCAGCAGGUCAAGGACCUCCAUUUCCAGCGGCACGCGGGGUUCGCGACCUACCACGCGGUAUACGGAUGGCAAGCAGGACCCCAGAUGCCGAUCCUCCGGCUCCUGCUCCUGCUGGACGGGGAGGCGACCGACAUGGAUGAGUUCGAGCUGGAGCUGCUCAGCCUGUCAUGGGUCCACGUGACGAUCUUCCUGAUCGGGGCCGACGGGUGUCCGCAUCACCACCGCCAUGCCAACGAGCUCCAGCGCAUCAGUGAGGUCAACCCACACGUCGCGUUCGUCGACGCGCAGGGCAACACCCCGGAGCGGUAUGUGACGCAUGAGCUGCUGAAGCGGCAUCUCGGGUACGAGGUGACCCUGUCGGAGUUUGAGGAGUGGGAACGGCAUGCUCCGCCCGCUUAUGAGACGUCUGUUUGA